AUGGCAAGCCAAGAUUUGACGAAAGUCAUAUGUGAAAAUGAGGAAUCCACCAUAGAUUGCAAUGGCAGAGAAAUCGUUAUAGUCGACGCAUACUUUGGUCGUAGAGAUGGUACUACAUGUCUGAAGACAGGACAGAAAAGCGAAAGUUGUGAAACAGGAGCUAAAUCCGCAGUCACACAAAAAUGUUUCCGAAGGCAAAGUUGUUAUCUUGAAGCUAAAAGUUCAACUUUUGGGACUGAUUGCACUAAUACGGCAAAUUACCUGAGUGUAACGUAUAGAUGCAAAGAUUAUCCUACAAGUUUAGUUAUCUGUCAGAAUUAUCAAGCAAAACUUAUUUGCCCUCAAAACCAGCAGAUACAGAUUACUAGAGGAUUUUUCGGACGAAGUAAUAAAGUCACAUGUUUCAUCGGUAAUGUCGGAAAUACAAAAUGCAGUGCCUCUGGCGUUCAGCAGAAGUUAAGAACACUGUGUAAUGGUAAAAGAGAAUGCUCGUUGUCUGCAGGCCCUAAUAUGUUUGGAAAUCCUUGUCCAGGAAUUACAAAGUAUUUAGAGCUGCAAUAUAAAUGUGUUUCGAUAAAACCAUCAUCAUCACCAGCAAUAGCAAAUAAAGACCAGCCUCGUUGGAAAUUGCUAACAUUAUGUAAGACUCCAGACUUUAAACUGCGAUGUUAUAAGAAGUAUGGUAGAGUAAUCGAGGUGGUGAGGGUUAUGCACGGGAAGACUAAUCUAGGAACAUGCACAAAAGGAAACAAAGCAACAUGUGAAUCUGUUUUAUCCAAACUUAGAAGACAAUGUGACAAUACACAUAUAUGUCCUAUUAAGCCUGCCAGUUUUGGUUUAGUUGACCUCUGUCACGAUAAAUCAAAAUAUUUGAAGAUAACAUAUAAGUGUAAGAUAGGAUGUUCCCGUUCACAAUUUGAAUGCAGGUCAGAUAGAACUUGUAAACCAGAAUCAUUCAAGUGUAACGGUAAAAAAGAAUGUUCAGAUGGUAGUGACGAAGACGAUUGCUUCUCAACAACAACAACACAACCGCCAGCACCUCCACAACAACCACAACAACCAUCAAAUAUACCCACAGAGGACGAUGAAGACGUGAUGAAUAUUCAUAUAUGCAUAGACGACGACCCCACGUUAAAAUGUGACAAAACCAAGAACGCAGUCAUCGAUGUGAAACAAGCAACGUAUGGAAGAAACAGUGUGAGAACAUGUCCAAUGGGAAACAUAGGAACAACCUCAUGUGGUCCAGUAAAUAUUCUUCCUGAUGUUAAAAAGAGUUGUAAUGGAAAACACUCAUGCAGUAUUUAUGCACCAUCCAAAGAUCCUUGUAUGGGAACAACUAAAUAUUUCAGGAUACGGUACAGCUGUAUAAAGCGUAAUUAAAUCUGUUGUAAAAAU